ACAGCUCUGUGUUCUACAGCUCUGUGUUCUACAGCAGCUCUGUGUAUACUGCAGCUCUGUGUGUUCUACAGCUCUGUGUUCUACAGCUCUGUGUAUUCUACAGCUCUGUGUUCUACAGCAGCUCUGUGUAUUCUGAAGCUCUGUGUAUUCUACAGCUCUGUGUUCUACAGCAGCUCUGUGUAUUCUGAAGCUCUGUGUGUUCUACAGCUCUGUGUGUUCUACAGCUCUGUGUAUACUGCAGCUCUGUGUAUACUGCAGCUCUAUAUUCCCUUGUGCUAUAUUCCCGAGUCCAGUAUUUCCCUAUCCUGUAUCCUGUAUUCCCUUGUUCUAUAUUCCCAUGUGCUGUAUUCCCAUGUGCUGUAUUCCAGUGUGCUGUAUUCCCGUGUGCUGUAUUCCUAUGUGCUGUAUUCCUGUGUGUUGUAUUCCUAUGUAUUGUGUACCCGUGUGCUGUAUUCCCGUGUGUUGUAUUCUUAUGUGUUGUGUACCCGUGUGUUGUAUUCCCGUGUGUUGUAUUCCUGUGUGUUGUAAUCCUGUGUGUUGUAUUCCUGUGUGUUGUAAUCCUGUGUGUUGUAUUCCUGUGUGUUGUAUUCCUGUGUGUUGUAAUCCUGUGUGUUGUUUUCCUGUGGGUUGUGUUCAGGAGGAUCAGACAGCAGUGCUGAAUUGUGAUGUUCUUAUUAGGGCUUUAGUGUAAGGACAAGUGCUGCACACAAAUCUACAGCUUUGCAUGGUUAUUUGCUUCUCCUUCUUGCUAAGUUACCAUGUGAACCGAAUUGGGAUGUGUGGGUGGAGCUAAAAACAGCGCAGACCAUUGAUUGGUCCAACAGUCACACAGAAUCAUUUUCUAACAAAUCACAUUUCUACCUGAACAAAAUCUUUCAGUAGUGUAGUGUCUGUCUGCUAAAAUUACUCCUCCAUCCUAUUUUCUUGGAUACAGUUAUGUAUUGGGAACACCCCCUACCGUCCACACAGACACACACACCACCGUUCACACACAUCACUUGGCUGGGAUGCGGCUCGUUCGAUGUUCAGUGGAGAAGCUCCACUGUGUGUGUGCAUAAGUCAGAAAGUGGGCAUGGUUUCUGCCUGUCUGUUGGACCCAAAGUGACAUUUUGUCAUGACAGCGCAGUGUGAGAAAUGUGGCACGCUUAAAUAAUCCAACAUCUCCAAAAACUGCUGGUCCUCUAAAUGCCUGAUUAUUAUUACAGCAUCUAUAAAGUCAGAAGUACGUUCACACGCUCCUGGACUCGUCUCGUCUCUGUUCUCUCCAUACAGAUAAGAGAUUUCUUUUCUCCUGAUUUGUAUCUCAAACUUUAAUUUUCUGUCUUUUGACCUGUGAGUGUGUGUGUGUGUGUGUGUGUGGUGAAGAAGGUGUUCAGAGGAAAGCUGUGCUCUGUCUGCACUGUUAAUUGGCUCCAUUAGUCUCAGCAAGUGUUGGCACUUUGAAAUACAGAAGUCACAGUAAAGAGCUAUAAAGGAGAGAGAAAGAGAGAGAGACAGAGAAAGACAGAGAGAGAGAGAGAUGGAAAUAAACACACAUAUGAAAUAAAGGUACUUUUCCCUUUUUGUCCAUUCAGAAAUUAUGAUGGAUGUAACUUUUUCCCCUCGAUUCUAUCAGUUCUUUGGUAAAGAAAAUCAGUCUGGAUUCCACAAUCGCUAGUAACUAUACACAAAUCUCCAAACUGCUGUUUCUGUGUAAAAUAUGUGAGAAAGUUGUUCUUAUCACUGAUAAUCUUAACUAAACAUUUCAUUCCAGUUUCCCUUCCCAGCAUGGUACUGAAACUUCUUGAAGUGAAAUCACCUCAGCAUGAGACAGAGACACUGGCACAUUGUCCUCGUUCUCCUCGAUCUUGGUGCAUUUACAGUUUCAGAUGGAGCACUGGGUUUUGCUUUCAUGCUUCACUGGUUUCUUUAACUGAACAUUCUGUAGCAUUCAGGACUCACAAAUUACGGAGUCAUACGUCCCCAUGUGGUGUUCCUCAGGGCUCAGCUCUGGGUCAGCGCUUAUUUAACUCUCUGUGUCCUCCCCCUCGACAGCCUAAUCAAUAAAUAUAACAUAUUGAUAUUCUGUGGACACACGGCUCGACAUGUCAGUCGUACCUGAUAAGAUUAAAUUGAUGAACUUAAGGAAUCUAAACCCAGAUGAGAGCAUAGUGUUUUCUCUCAGCUCAACCGUGUGUGUGUCUGUGUGUGUGUGUCUGUGUGUGUGUGUGUGUGUGUGUCUGUGUGUGUCAGUACGAAAAGCUGCUGUUAUUUGGUCUGUUAUGUGGUUUAUUGUGGUGUUUUCUAGUGUCCAGAACAAACCACUGUGAUGAUGCUGAGGUGAGUGAAGACACUGCAGGAUGGCGCAGCGUGUAUGUGUGUGUGUGUGUGUGUGUGUGUGUAUGUGUAUGCGUGUAUAUCUUUGAUUUUGGCAGAAACUCAGUGACCUUGACAAGCUUUAGCUCCUCCUGCAGGGUCCUCUCAUCCUCCAAGCUGCUGUCUCACACACACACACACAGACACACAGACACACACACACACACACAGACACACACACAAAACUGAGCUGAGAGAAAACACAGUCGGAAUAUUAACACCCGUCUCUCUCCCUGAUGCUGCUGUUUCUCCUUACAGAUGGAGCAUAACUUGAAUAUCUGUAAAUUUCUGCCCUUUUCACUAUAAUGCUAUAAAAAUAUUGUUUUAUUAAUAUACAUUAUUUUAUUAAUUUAUACUAUUUAUUAAUGUAUACUGACACAUUAAGUUACUUAAGUGUAACUAUUUGUGUAACUAUUUAACUAACAACCUAACAAAUGAGAAGAAAAGCAAUGCGGUGAUGACCAAUAGGAGUGUUACACAUCUUUUCCACCAAAGUUAAAUAUUAUCCCAGGUUUUUGAUUCCACAUAUUGGUUCCUAGUCGCAGUUCCUGAACCAGGCGCUGCAAUGCUCCAGCUCUGAUGAAGUGAAAUAAAACGUUGCUGGAGUUUUCAUCGUACAUAGACAGAAGUGAUAAUGAAGAGAAAAUGUUUUCGAUUUAAUUCUGACACGAGGAGACAGUGAUACACUUUAUACACACUUUAUGCAUGAGACAUUUUCAUUUUGUAGAUUAUAAUGUUGUGGUCAGAUGUGAGGUUUAGCAGCUAACAGGAGUUUGUGCAGCCGUAUCACGAGUCAGGUGCUAACAGGGUAACCUUGGUAGACAGCAAAAAAUAUGUGUUUGUGUUA